AAAAGGUUACAGUAUUUAGGAGAAAUAUAUUCUCUUGUCAAAUCACCCGAAGAACAGGAUGGAAUUAGUCAAAUUAGAAAUAAUUGGAUAUUUCAUGACUUUGCUGGUGCUUUGUUUUGGACCAUGUUUUGUGAAAUCUUCAAGAGAUUUGGCUCUAAAUAAAACUGCCACCCAAAGUUCAACGUACAGUGAUAGUCAGUCCUAUGAUGCCGGUAGAGCAGUGGAUGGAGUCCUCGCAAGAGAUGUAACGGAUGGACACUGUUCUCAUACAGAUUCAGGACACCGUCAAGCUUGGUGGAAGGUCGACCUAGGGCAGUUUUACAGGAUACAGGUGGUCAAUAUUACCUACAGAUAUAGUCAAACAGAUCGCCUUAAAAGCUACAGUAUAUACGUAACAAACAAUACUGAUAUGACACAGGCUAUUGGAUCUAUCAGUGAACAGUCUGGUCAUUUGUGUUACCAUGACACUGAGUCUGGGACGCCAACGUAUAAUCAGUCACGUGAGUGUCAUGUUACCGGGAGAUACGUCGUGUUCUACAACACAAGGCAACACGGAGAAGCAUACGUUGAACUCUGUGGUGUCCAGGUCUACGGAUGUCGUGCCGGUAGAUUUGGAUUUAACUGUCGUGACACCUGUCACUGCGCGACUGGAGGCUGUAACCCUGACACCGGACAGUGUGACGUACCAGGGUGUCAGACAGGAUGGAUGGGGUUAUCCUGUAGCCUCCGAUGUCACUGUAUAUCAGGGGGAGCCUGCAAUCCUAACACAGGUGCAUGUCCAGGGAGGUGUCAGUCUGGGUGGAGCGGGCGAAGCUGUUUUGUGGGACCACGUGAUCUUGCUCAUAACAAGCGAACAAGGCAGAGUUCCACUUACAACAGAGAUGAGGGUCGUUUUGGUUCUGGUAAAGCUGUUGAUGGUGUUAUUACAGCAGAUGUAUCACCUAAUGGAAGUUGUUCACACACAGAUCAAACAAGAAUCUAUCCCGAAGCCUGGUGGCAGGUCGACCUCGGAGAAAUCGAAAGGAUACAGACUAUUAACAUUAUUUACAGACAAUUGUACCCCUUCCGGAUGUCCGGGUUUUAUUUGUACGUAUCUAACAGUUCCUACACCAACUCACAGUCGCUGAGUCGGGACUAUUUGUGCUACCAUGAUCACGGACCGGGUUUGCCUUCGUACAUCCAGUCACUUCCAUGUUCUGUUCAUGGGCGUUACGUCACAUUCUACAACAAGCGUCCUGCUGAUUAUGAACCAAGGAAUGUUACGUAUUAUUCUGAAACGACCGCAAUUAUAACGCUAUGCGAGGUCCAGGUGCUCGGAGGGUGUUCCGCUGGAUUGAAGGGUGAUUCGUGUAACGAAGACUGUGAACAUGGUUUAUUCGGACAAGGCUGUAGCCAGACCUGUCACUGUGCCACAGCUGACUGUAACAAACGAACGGGGACGUGUGGACCUCAGGGGUGUUCAGCUGGAUGGAAGGGUUUAACAUGUAGUCAAGCAUGUGACACUGGGACUUUUGGGCAAAAUUGUCAUCAGCAGUGUCAUUGUUCUAAGCAAGACUGUGAUAAGAAAUUGGGAAGAUGUACAGGAGAGUGUUUGGCUGGCUGGCAGGGCGAUUCCUGUAACCAAGCAUGCGACCAUGGGACGUUUGGACAAAAUUGCACCCAGCAGUGUCAUUGUUCAAAGCAAGACUGUGAUAAACAAACGGGAGGAUGUACAGGAGGGUGUUUGGCUGGCUGGCAGGGCGAUUCCUGUAACCAAGCUUGCAUUUAUGGGAAAUUCGGACAAGGCUGUAACCAGAACUGUCAUUGUGCCGCAUCUGACUGUAACAAGGAAACGGGGAUGUGUGGACCUCCUGGUUGUUCUGCUGGAUGGAAGGGUACUACAUGUAGCCAAGUCUGUGACCCUGGGACGUUUGGACGAAAUUGUAUUCAGCAGUGUCAUUGUUCCAAGCAAGACUGUAAUAAACAAACGGGAUGUACAGGAGGGUGUUUUGCAGGCUGGCAUGGUGAUUCAUGUAACCAAGCUUGCAGUAACGGAACAUUCGGACAAGACUGUAACCAGAACUGCCAUUGUGCCCUAUCAGACUGUAACAAAGGAACAGGGACGUGUGGGACUCAGGGGUGUUCAGCUGGCUGGAAGGGUUUAACAUGUAGCCAAGAAUGUUCCUCCGGUCAUUUUGGCUGGACCUGUUCCGAAGUGUGUCACUGUCAACAAGAAGGAUGUGACCAUGUAAAUGGGAGAUGUGACCACGCUGGAUGUCAGGCGGGCUGGUCAGGACAGUCCUGUAAUAAACAGUGUGUCAACAACACGUUCGGACGAGACUGUAACCAGACCUGUCAUUGUGCUAACCCUCGCUGUAACAGGACGGACGGUGUCUGUUCUGUACCUGGAUGUACAGAAGGAUGGAUGGGAAACACAUGCAGUCAAGAGUGUUUCAACCCUACGUUUGGACGAGACUGUAACCAGACCUGUCAUUGUGCUAUAUCUGGCUGUGACAGAGUGAGUGGGGUAUGUACCAUACCUGGAUGUACGGAAGGUUGGAAUGGAUACACAUGUAGUCAAGGGUGUGUCAAUAAUACGUUUGGACGAGACUGUAAACAGACCUGCCAUUGUGCUUACUCAAGUUGUGACAGAGUGAGUGGUGUAUGUACCAUACCUGGAUGUACAGAAGGUUGGAAUGGAGACACAUGUAGUCAAGAAUAUUCCGCUGGAUAUUUUGGAUUGAAUUGUUAUGAGAUGUGUCACUGUAAGGAAGGGAGAUGUGACCACCUUGGAUGUCAGGAGGGCUGGUCAGGACAGGCCUGUGAUCAACGGUGUGUCAAUAAUACGUUUGGACGAGACUGUAACCAGACCUGUAAUUGUGCUAUAUCUGGCUGUGACAGGGUGAGUGGGGUGUGUACCAUACCUAGAUGUAGGGAAGGAUGGUCUGGAGACACAUGUAGUCAAGAGCAAAUUUCUCAAAAUCAAACAGAGGUUAUUGGAUGCUUUGCUAGCCUUGCAAAUACUAAAGACGUUACCGGAUACGCUAUACUUGGGACUGUUUUAGCCAUUUCCAUAUUCUACAACAUUGGAUUGACUAUGUUUUGUCUAAGACAAUCCAGGAAGAUCAAAUCACCCCCUAAACCGUCAACAGCCUAUGAAAUGCAGCCAAACAGUGUAUCCCAGGAUCAUUCCAACUAUGAAGGUUUAGACAUAACAAAAGUAGAUAACGUUAAAAACAUUUAUGAUACAAUCGGGAAGUAAAGAAGAAUCUGUAGCGACUUUAACUAGUGAAAACGAUGCAAAAAGACUCGUGGCAAAGAGUGACAUGAUGAUUCUAUUAUUUGAUUACAUAAAGCAGUAUGCAUUAAAGUUGAAUCUAAACUGACGGUAAAAAUAUCCAAAACAUCCCCGUGCCAACAGUCAUUCAGCUACCGCAAUGUAACUAGCAUGUCCCUGCAGGUUCGGAAAAGGAACAAUCCAUAGAUGCACAUACCUGUGUAAUAAAA